AUGGAGUGUGGAAAGGAAUCUACCCAGUUAGGGAGCCUGAAAAUACAUGAGAGAAUACACUCUGGAGAUAAGUCUCACAAAUGCACUCAAUGUGGAAAGACAUUUAAGCGGUUAGGUAACCUGAAGUCACAUGAGCGAACACACACUAGAGAGAAGCCUUACAACUGUUCCCAGUGUGAAAAUAUAUUUUUCUCAUCAGGAGACCUGAAAUCACACGAGAGAGCACAUUCUUUAGAGAGGCCUUACCAAUGCUCUCAGUGUGGAAAGAGAUGUAUCAAGUCAUCACAUCUGAAAGAUCAUAAGAGAAUACACACAGGAGAAAAACCAUUCCAAUGCUUCCAGUGUGUAAAGAGUUUUAGCCAGGUAGGGAACCUCAACAUUCAUGAGAGGACACACACUGCAGAAAAACCUUUCCAAUGCUGUCAGUGUGGAAAAAGGUUUACCCACUCAGGUCACCUGAAAACACAUGAGGGAACACACACAGGAAAAAAACCUUUCCAAUGCUCGCAGUGUGAAAAGAGUUUUAGCCAGUUGGGGAACCUGAAAAGGCAUGAGAGGUCACACACUGGAGAAAAACCUUUCCAAUGCUUCCAGUGUUGCAAGAGUUUUACCCGUUUAGGGACCCUGAAAAUACAUAAGAGAAUACAUUCUGGAUAG